CACAUGCGGCUGCUGGACUCUUGUUGGCGUCCAGCCUCAGGCCGCGUUGGCCAGCGGCAGAGCAAGGAUAUUCAGGCUGUGGUCUCCACAGGCCUACGGACUCCUACUGUGUCUACCAGCGUCCCUGUCAGCACCCUGGGGGCGGUGGAGGGCCUGGGGCCGCAGACUCCCGCCCUCUCCGCUCCCAGCCCCGGCGGCGCCGGCGGGGCACUGCGGACUCUCCGCGGGUCGCCCGGGAGCCGCCGGGGGCCGCACACGCUCAGUCCUGCAUUCCAGCCGGCCCCAGAGGCCACAGGUGAGGAACCGCGAACUGCGGCCGCAGGCCCAGGGCGGCGGCGUCCGGGGGCAAGGAGGCGGGCGGGCGUCCUCCCGCACGGGGGCGCUGUCACCUGCCCGGGGGCGGAGCCAGAGAGGAACCUGACUGCCCCGCGCCUCCGCGGCGCCGGAGUCGGGAGAAGCCAACCUGAUCAUGAAGGGCGCCCAAGGCAUCGAGAACCCGGCCUUCGUCCCCUGCAGCCCCGACACGUCGCGUCGCCUGUCGCCGUCGCCCUCCCAGGUGCAGGUCUCCGUCGCGUCCUCCGACGCCCAGGGAGCCGAGUCGCGGCCGCAGGAGGAGCCCAAGUCCCCGGAGGCGCCCCCAGCCUCGGCGGAACCGCCGGGGCCACCGUCGCGGUCCGAGUUUGAGGAGGGGCCGUGCGGGUGGAGGAACUUCCACCCUCGGUGUCUCCAGCGCUGCAACACGCCCCGCGGCUUCCUGCUCCACUACUGCCUGUUGGCCCUCACGCAAGGUAUUGUGGUAAAUGGCCUCGUAAAUAUUAGCAUUUCCACGAUUGAGAAGCGCUAUGAAAUGAAGAGUUCUCUUACGGGCCUGAUAUCGUCAAGCUAUGAUAUCUCAUUCUGUGUGUUGUCUUUAUUUGUCUCAUUCAUUGGUGAGAGAGGACACAAGCCCAGGUGGCUGGCAUUUGCAUCCUUUAUGAUAGGACUGGGAGCACUCGUAUUUUCAUUGCCACAGUUUUUCAGUGGACAAUAUCAUUUGGGAUCCAUUUUUGAAGAUACUUGCUUAACAGCAAGGAACAGCACCAGUUGUACCUCCUCAACGUCCUCACUUUCUAACUAUCUGUAUGUCUUCAUCCUGGGACAACUGCUGUUGGGCAUGGGGGGAACCCCUCUCUACACCCUGGGAACAGCCUUCAUCGAUGACUCUGCACCCACACACACGUCUUCUCUCUAUAUAGGAAUUGGCUACUCUAUGUCCAUCUUAGGCCCUGCCAUAGGCUACGUGUUGGGAGGACAGCUGCUCACCAUGUACAUUGAUGUUGCAAUGGGACUAAGCACUGAUAUCACUGAGGAUGACCCCCGCUGGCUGGGGGCGUGGUGGAUUGGAUUCCUCAUUUGUUGGCUCUUUGCAUGGUCUUUGAUAAUACCUUUCUCAUGUUUCCCAAAACAUUUGCCAGGUACAGCAAAAAUUCAAGCUGAAAAAAUUUCCCAGACUCAUCAGAAUAAGAGUAGCUCCUCACAACACACAGAUGAGAAUUUUGGAAAAAGCUUUAAAGAUUUUCCAGCUGCUCUAAAGAAUUUGAUGAGGAAUACUGUCUUUAUGUGUUUAGUUCUAUCAACUUCUUCAGAAGCCUUAGUUACCACUGGAUUUGCUACAUUUUUACCUAAAUUUAUUGAAAAUCAGUUUGGAUUGACAUCCAGCUUUGCUGCUACCCUUGGAGGGGCUGUUUUAAUUCCUGGAGCUGCUCUUGGUCAGAUUUUAGGUGGUGUCAUUGUCUCGAAAUUCAAAAUGACAUGUAAAAAUACAAUGAGGUUUGCACUAGCCACAUCUGGGGUUGCACUUGUGCUGAGUUUUGUGUUUAUUUAUGCCAAAUGUGAAAAUCGGCCAUUUGCUGGUGUGUCUGAAUCAUAUAAUGGGACAGGAGAACUAGGAAACUUGAGUGCCCCUUGCAAUGCCAACUGUAACUGUUUGCGAUCAUACUAUUAUCCGCUCUGUGGAGGGGAUGGAGUCCAAUAUUUUUCUCCCUGCUUUGCAGGUUGUUUAAACACUGUUUCAAAAUCGAAGCCAAAGCUAUAUUAUAACUGUUCCUGUACUGAAAAGAAAACAGAAACGACAUUGACUGCAGAAGGCUUAAGCUUUGAGGCUAAAGCUGGAAAAUGUGAAACCCAGUGUACAAACUUGCCCAUAUUCCUUGGUGUUUUCUUCAUCACAGUUGUCUUCACCUUUAUGGCUGGCACUCCUAUAACUGUGUCCAUCCUGAGGUGUGUUAAUCAAAGGCAACGGUCUCUAGCGUUGGGAAUACAGUUUAUGUUGCUUCGAUUAUUGGGCACAAUACCUGGACCAAUUAUAUUCGGUGUCAUAAUAGACAGCACAUGUAUUCUCUGGGAUAUUAAUGAGUGUGGAAUUAAAGGAGCUUGCUGGCUUUACAAUAACAUCAAGAUGGCCCACAUGCUAGUAGCCAUAAGUGUUACUUGCAAAAUUAUCACCAUUUUCUUCAAUGGACUUGCAGUCUUUUUGUAUAAGCCGCCACCAUCAGGCACAGAUGUGCUGUUUCAGAACCAAAAUGCAGUGGUAGUGGAACAUGUCAGCAAAGCAGAAGAUGAAGGGUGACACAGGAGAAGACAACUCUAUACACAGCUGGAAGAUUGACUUCUAUUUCCCAACACACACAUUGCCAUGGCAGCAUUAUCUACCCAGGGUGGACUGACACACUUAAGAAUUCACGUUGUGUAAUUGAAUGUGUUUUUAUGUAUAUAUGAGGACUCAUUUGUUUUUGUUUUACUGCAAGAGACAGUUUGGUGCCUUCAAACCCCACCAAAAGCCUGGAAACAAACAUAUUUGCUUAAUUCCCUUGGCUACAUGUGAAAUCCCCAAUUGUUAACAAGACAAAUUGCCAAUAUUCAGUUUACAUUCAGAUGCUUUUGUUUCCUUUACAAUUUGUUUUGAUUUUUAUUGCCAGUAGUUUGGAUUUAUUUAGAAAAUUUAUGAUUCAACAAUUGUUACUAACCAAAUUUAUGUGAUGAUUUCUAGAAAUUAUUACUGAAUACCCAUGAAUUUGAAACCAAUUUUAUAAUCAGGGAUCUUAAAAAAGCUCAUGGAAGAUGAAUGUUAUGAAUAAAGUGUGCAUAAAUUUCAAAGUCUUUUUGCACCAAAACAAGCAUCUUUUAACUUUGUUUUUCCAUGAACUUUUUGAGGCUCCUUCAUAUACUAGUCAGGCCUUUGUUUAUCACAACAAGUUAUUGAAUUAUUGGAAUUUAAGUUAUCUUCGUAUCCUUAUCUAUAGUGAAAACAGAAAUAUCGGCAUUUUAUAUACAAACUUUCAGUUUAUCUCAGGAAUUCCAGGAGGUAAUUUAUUGAUUUUGCUGAUCUUCAAUGUUUAACUCUUAUUCUGUGAUAGUAUUAUUCAGUUACAUACGUUCCAGUGGAAAUUACCAGCUUCAGUAAAAAACAGUGCCAAUUAGACAGGGGAAGACUUUUUAAUGAACUACUGAUCAAUGUUUACAUACUCAGUACUUUGAUUUUUCUUGUUUUAAAAAGCCAUCUCCUAGCACAUUACUUGUAGCAACUAAAGUAGUGCUUUGCAUGCACAGGCAUGUGUGUAAUAUUAUUUGAUGAAAACAUUAAAGCCUAUUCUUUAACUGAUAGAUGUAUCUGAAACUUGAAAUAUUUCACAAACCUGAAAACAUUAUAUCUUCACUCUAGUCAUUCGGGUCAGACUUAUGCCAAUUCAGAACAUGGCAGAAGUAGACCAAUGAAUGUCAACAAAAAUAAUUUCUAUCCUGAUUAGGAUUUUACUAAUUAAGAAAUGUGUCAACAUUCAAACUCAGAGUUGGUUGCAUUUGGAGUUUUCAUGAAAUAAAUGUUGCUCAACUGAUAAGAUUUAUUAUCAGAUUUCACCUAUGUUAUUUUUUUAAGCAGUGUUACAUAUGCACUCUAACCAGGAGAACACAAACUGAGAAUGAAGAUGUGGGUAACCAGAAUCAUAAGCACUCAAAAUUUGCAGAAUUUAAGAGGUUAUUUAGGGGUGAUCUUUGGUCAAUGAUGAGUCAACCAGAUGAGUCUGUAAACCAAAAUUAAAAGGGAAGGAAUGAGUCAGGAGCUAGCCAAGGACGCACAUCUUUGUAUUAGAAGAGAGAAACCAUCAGUGAGUCAGAAAUCAAAACGACCUACUGACACCCAGCACAUGGAAGCACCAAAGUUCAAAACCAUAUAGGUAGCACAAAAUGUGGGUAUUGGGGAAACAAGAAAUUCAGCAA